AUGGCCUUGAACAUCCGCGUAGGACCCAGGCCUGGGUCCUACACACUUACAUACUACCCCGGGGGUGGGGAUCGGGUCCAGCCCCGCGUUCUGGGUUCCCCACCUGCCGUUCCUCCCCUCCCCCAUCCAAUCCUGCUCUUAACCAUCACCUUGCCCAAUCCAACCAACAAUCCGCCAAAACGCAAGCGACCCAGGCUGAAGGCACCCCUAACCAAGCAACCGAACCAACCUGGCCCCAGAGCCCCCAAAACCCGUUCGAAGCAGGAGAACCCACACAAGCCCAAUUUAAAGCUGAUCCGGCCUGGUCCGAUCCGGAACGCAAAAAUUGGUACCUGGGGUAAAAAAUUUCCCCCUAUAGGGGCCAAAUUCAGCCUGGUUGCAAUGUAUCCUGCCGUCCUGGGGGGCCCAAGGCCUGGUUGCAAGAUAUCGGCCCUCCCGGGGGGCCCAAGGGGGUCCCUCAGGAACCUAAGAGCCACCAAAUGGGCCAAUUUAACCCCCCAUGGCCAGAUAUCCAGCCAUACCAGCCAACCACCACCCAUAAUUUCAUCAACCCCCACCCUCAACCUGGAUAUGUCAACCGGGAAUGAUCAAUCACGUUUGGAACUUUACGUCAAGGAUCAGGAGCUAGAAAGUCACCCAGCAUUGAAAUCCAAGGAGCUGGCGCACCUGCAAUCCCUCUUGGCUCUCGUUAAGGUGGACAUUGAGAAUUCGGAUGACGAUGUAAGACUCAAAAGUGAUUAUGAAAACCCUUUUGCUGAAUGGAGAAGGUGUUAA